AUGAAUAUGGCUCAAUUGCAUGAUGCCUUUGAAAACAUACUACACAUUAAAAUACCAGAAGUUGAAUUUGAAAUUCUUUUUACAAAAAUGAAUUUAAAGAGAGAUGGGCAUAUCACAUGGAAUGAAUUUAUAUCUUAUUUAUUAGUGGAGUUUCAGAAAAAAGAUAUCAGUUUACAAUGGCAAAUACUAAGAUUUCCAAUAACUGGCAAUCCACAACUUUUAAAAUCUCAUCAUCGUACAACUAUACAUAAAAUUAUAUUCUGUCCUGAAGUUUUACCUGUACAAGCAUAUCUAUGUUUAGUAUACCUUUAGAAUAUUUCAAAUGUAAUUUGAACAUUUUUUAUUCAAAUCUUAUCUUUAGGACAGAACUACAAGUUUUCAUAGAGGUUGCUAUUUAACAAUUACUAAAGAAGGAAUUAUAAAUUAUUGGACUUUGGAUUUAGAGUAUGAACGUAGUGCUCAAUCCGUAAAUCGUUAGUAAUUUUCUCCUAUAUUUUACAUUUAGCUCUACUUAUUUUAUAAUUUUUUCUUUUUAUAGCCUGUUUGAAAGUUCAACAAACUUUAAUAACUGACAUGAUAGUAAUGCCAGAUGUGCAAGUAAUAUGUACAAGUUCUACUGAAUGUGAUUUAAGAUUUUAUGAUACAGUGGCAAAAAAAUUUGAUCUUCGAGUAAUGAUAUCAGGUUUAGAGAAUGCAGUUAUUUGUAUGGAUUAUUACUUUAAUAAAAAUAUUAAAGAGGACUCAUACAUUAUACUUGGAGAUAUGAGUGGAUCUGUUAACAUUAUAUCCUUUAAUUCUGUAGAGAGAGGACCCUUUAAACAGGACCCAAAACGUGACACGUUAUUUAUUCGUUAUGAGUCUGUUCUUAAGGGUGAAUGGGAAGGAAUGAAAGUUUCAGAAUUUAAGCAUGUGCAUUCAGAUUGGGUAAAACAAGUAGCCUACUAUGGAAAUCUAAGAGCUUUUAUGUCUAGUAGCAGAUGCUGCAAUUGUUCCUUGUUAUUUAGUGAUCUUACAGGAACAAGAAUUCAAUACAUAUUUAAAGUUAACAUGGGCAUAUCUUGUUUUAUUUUUUGUGAAGAAAGUCAGUCACUGAUUACUGGUGGAUCAGAUUGUAUAGUUCGGAUUUGGAAUCCUUUUGUAACAAGAAGACCAAACAGUAUUUUUCAGGGGCAUUGUGCAGCCAUUUGUGCCUUAGUUGCUCAAAAUGCUGGUAAACGCGUGUAUUCUCUUUCGAAAGAUAAAUGCAUCAAAGUGUGGGAUGUAUUAGCUCAAUCUUGUAUUCAGACGUACAAUGGCCUCCCUAGUGAAUUAGGUGAAUAUACAUCAAUGACUAUAGUGUACAAUACAUUAAACCGCAAAAUGAUCAUUGCCAGUGCAAUGAUUGCAGUGAUUAUUUGUGAUCCUAUAAUUUCUACUGGAAUGGAUUCUUGUAUAAUAGUUUGGGAUCCAUGGCUUGGAAAUCGCUUGUAUUUAGUAAAACACGCGCAUAGUAGAUUUUUAUUUGGACAAUACCAUGAUAUUGAAAUUACUGCUGCUUGUUUUGAUGAGUCUGAACAAUUGUUAGUGACAGGUGCUCGUGAUGGAACAUUGAAAAUAUGGCACUUCAAUACUGGUACUUGUUUAAGAAACAUGGCACUUGAAACUCAGUGUGAAAUAACAAGUGUAGUUUGGCUAGAAAAUCGAAUUCUGUGCAGUAGUUGGAACCGUCAAGUAGUAGAAUUCGCAACCUCUGACACAGAUGUGUAUAUAAAAAAUUGGGGUAUAAGACAUUCAGAUGAUAUUCUUUGCUCUGCUAUGUGGUAUCCUCAAGUGUUGGCCACAGCAAGUUAUAAUGGUGAAAUAAUACUUUGGAGAUUAGAAACAGGUCAACCAUUCAGAAAAUACAAGGUGAACAAACCAAUGUCAAGGUUCAGCAUAAGAUAUCAAAAAGAUGAUGAACCAAUUAUACCAACUAAAUAUGUGGAAGUUAUGAAACAAUUAGUUUUGAAACAGAGUCAAUAUCACAAAGCUUCUAAACAUCAGGAAUCAGCAAUGAAUAUUACACGAAUUGUUGCUGUUCGGGCCAUGCUGUUUUUGUGUGCCCGGCCAGUUAGAUCCAAUGUUGCAACAUUGUUAGUUUCCCUUGAUUCUGGUUUAAUACAAGCAUGGACUCACCACUCUGCUGGUGGAUUUCUACAAGCUUUCUCAGUCAUUCAUACUAUAGGUGAUUGUGCACUGUCGUUAGCAAGUGAUUCUAAAAAUAAUUUCCUCAUAACAGGACAUCGUGCAGGAUAUAUAAAGGUUUGGUAUCUUGCAAACUAUUUGAUGCCGAAUCCUUCUAAGAUAAGUAUGCCUCUUUUACGAUUGGAAUUUCCAUUUCUAUGGAGAGAGAGAAUUAUUGGAAGGGCAAAAAGAGCUGUAAGAGAUCAGCCUUUGCCACUUUUACUUUCAUCCGUACGUGGACAUUUAGGAGCUAUCACAUCUGUUCAAAUAAUACCAGAUGCACAUAUCAUUAUCAGUGGUAGCGUAGAUCAUACAGUACGCUUAUGGUCACUUGGUGGACGUUACAUUUCAACACUUGGAACUUCCAAGCCAUGGUCACCAAUUUUACCAACAAUUCCAGCAUAUCAGUACUUCAAAGAUUAUAGAGAUCCACCAGAUAUUAAAAGAUUUGCUAGUUCUACUACACUAAAAGUCCUCAAUGGAGGCAUCAGACAAAUGGUAUCCGAUGAUCAAGUUGUUAAAAAUAAUGAAGCAGAUACUUUAAAGAGUGUUCCUGAUCAACAGUAUAUCAUGGUAGAUGGAAAGAGACUUACUGUUGCUAUAUUCGAUAGAUCGGUACUGAUGAUUUACACAGAUCAUCCAGUCUUAGACAAUUCUUUACCAUACAUACCUAUAUACACGCAUCUAAAAUUAAGACCUUUGGAGACUAUUCAAACACCAAAAUUACCGUCACUUCUACACGCACAGAAGGAAUUAAUGUAA